UGCAGCAUCUUUUUUCCCUUCGCCUUUUUGAGCCCAGCCAGCAGCAGCAGCAGCAACAGAAGCAUCAUCACCUCCUCUUUGGCUUUUGUGCCACUGCAGUGGAGGAUCGGAGGCUUAGGAUCAGUGGGGAGGAAUCCAAAGGGAGGGAAUCUCCCUUGGACACCCCCUUAUUUGCCCCCCCAAUUGGGGAGGGGGGUCAAGGAGGACCACCUUUGCAAGGAAAGCAGGCCAAAGAAGCAUCCUUCUUCCUUUCCUCCUCACCUUCCUUCCUCCUCUCUCCCCCCUUCCCACCCCCCCAGGACCCCCCAAAAUGUCCUCCCUGGCUUGCAACACCUUGAUCUUCCUGGGAUCCCUCUGGAUAGCUGCCACCCGUGGAAAUCUCUCGCGUGACCCUUGCCAGCCGACGACGUCGGAUGAAAUAGUAGUUGCAGGCUCCAAGGUGGUCCUCCGGUGUGAGGUGGAAGACCCCGAUGACUCCUCGCUCCAGUGGUCCAAUCCUGCCCAGCAGACCCUCUACUUUGGGGAAAAAAGAGCAUUGCGAGAUCUUCGAAUCCAGUUGGAGAGGUCAACACCCAAUGAGCUGACCAUCAGUAUCGACAACGCGACUCUGGCGGACGAAGGGGAGUACACCUGCUCCAUAUUCACCAUGCCGGUGCGGACCGCAAAGGCCAUUGUCACCGUCUUGGGAAUCCCACAAAAACCUCAGAUCUUCGGCUACACGGAUCCCCUCAAAGAAGGCGACAUGGCUAAGCUGAUGUGCGUCUCUUCCGGCAGCAAGCCAGCCGCCGAGCUCCGGUGGCAUAAGAAUGGCAAACCGCUGGCAAGUGAUCCUUCAGAGGUGGAAGAAGACUCCAAUGGGAAAACCUUCACCGUCAGCAGCCGCAUUGAAUUUGCGGUCGGGAAAGAGGAUGAUGGCGUGGAAGUCACUUGCACAGUCGAUCACGCAUCCCUGCAAAACUCAGACAAGUCCACUUCCCAACAGAUAGCAGUGUUUUAUAAGCCAACCGCUAAAAUUGAACCGAAACCCGAGCAUCCGCGGGAAGGGGAGAACCUGGAGCUUCACUGUGAUGGGCAAGGCAACCCCAUUCCUCACAAUUACAAGUGGGAGAAGGAAGGUGCCGAAGUCCCGCUCCCAGAAGCCCAAGACAAUGUCCUCAUCUUUCCCAACUUGAACAAAAGCGACAGCGGGACCUACAUCUGCUAUGCUUCAAGCCUCAUGGGCAUGUCCAUAGCACGCUACAACCUGGACGUUAAUGACGCCAGUCCAAUGACGCGAACCGGAAGUCCCUACCAUGCUAUCAUUGGCGGAGUUGUCGCUGUCAUUGUCUUCCUUCUCCUUAUCUUGCUCAUUGUUUUGGGACAUUAUCUGAUCCGACACAAAGGUACCUACCUGACCCAUGAGGCCAAAGGCUCGGACGAUGCCCCGGAUGCAGACACAGCCAUCAUCAAUGCCGAGGGAGGUCAAACCGGCGGGGACGACAAGAAGGAGUAUUUCAUCUGAGUGGGGA